AUGGUGAUCAGGAGCUCCAUCCUCGUAGCUGCCGUAGUACUGGCACUAGGGUUACUAUCCGCCGGAGCUGGGCUUGCCGCCGAGCUAACCAGGGUUAAGGCUUCUCAAAUCCGCAUUGUGGGUAACGAAUGCAUACACCCAAGUAGUCCAGCCAUGGGCCUCGCAAUAACAGCUGCUGCGGCUCUUUUUCUUCUUCGUAUCGUAGUUAGAGUAGCUACAGGGCCUGGUUAUGCAUGUUGUCGGACUCACCCUAACAUACCCAAACUCAUACGAUACUGCAUCAUUUUAGCUUGGCUCCUGUCGUUUGUAGCAGUGGGUCAGUUUAUUGCGGGAGCGAAGCUUUGUAGUCGAAGGGAUUUGCAUGUAAAUGAAGAAGGUUAUUAUGAAUGUUACUUCUUAAAACCUGGAAUGUUGUCAACUGCUGCAUUCGAGGCUCUUGUGAGUUUGUGCCUGACGCUUUUCUAUUAUCUUGUGAUCGUUUCAACUCAAAAUAUACCGAAGAAACAAUCAGCAUCGGAGGUAGAAGCACCAUCGGUUGCAAAUGAUCCACAGAUACCACCAGUUCCUCCGAGUAUGCAGUGA